AUGCCUUCGUAUAGAUUAGUGACUCCCCAGAAGUGUGGUCUCGUGGGGACCACUAAAGUGCUUUUUGCGCUGGCAGGUGUCGAAUAUGAACUGGUGAAACUGAGUGCGGAGGAGAUGCAGAAAGAAAAAGGACGUAUGCCAUUUGGACAGCUGCCAAUUUUAGAAUUUGAUGGGAAAACCAUAGCUCAAAGCAGGGCAGUAGCACGAUAUGUGGCUAAGGAGUACGGAUUAUAUGGAAAAGAUAAUUAUGAUCAGGCAAGAGCUGAUAUGAUUGUUGAUCAAAUUUAUGAUGUUGUUGAAAGAGUGAAAGUUUGGGCUAAAGAACAAGAUCCAGAUAAAAAGGCUGGUUUUGCUGAUGCCACGUUUCUGUCCAUUUCUCAACGAUGGAAAUUAAUAAAUCCCAAUUGUCUUGAUGGGUAUCCAAAGCUCACUGCUCUGAAUUCAAGACUUCUGUCGCUACCCAAAGUUGCAGAAUAUCUUAAAGCCUAA